AUGCACGCGUUCAUGCCGACCGGAUCGGCCUCGCCACCUCUACAACCUCUACUCAACACCACGGCCCCGUACAUUGCAUCUGUGAAGGCUGCCUCUGGUGCCGCCGUUCUAGGUGGGCAGCAGCAGCAACACCCGCACCAGGAGCAGCAUCAGGCUCAGGUUCCAACUCCGGCCGUCGCGGAGGCGCGCCCAAUCCAACCUCAUCGGCUCAACUCGUCGAAGUCAACUUAUGCUUCCACCUCGACCUUGGACGAAGCGCCCGUGUCCGAAGGAUUCGAGCAGAUCGCUGCCAAGAGUUGUCUCAGGGUCAGUCCACAUUCUGCUUGUGUGCAUUGCUUUCCUUGUCGACUGCUCGGGCUCGAAGCAGCCGGGCUGCCCGGGGUUGAUGAUUCAUGACCGUCACCGGCGACAGGUUGUUCUAGCGCUGGUGUUGUGCACUGCCUGAGGCACGCGCGGCGCGCCGAUCUUCCUGUCGGGGCGGUCGUGGCUCGCAGACCGACGCUUGGGCCUUGAUUCGAGCCAUGACUGAGGCUCUGAACUGGCGCGCUGUAAGGGGAUGCCUUACAGAACAGCCCCAUAAGUAGCCUCUGAGUAGCUAGAAAUGUCGAGUUCUAGUUACGACUUGCUUUUAGCCUAGCGGUCAAGGCGACAGAUUGUAGUUUAUGCACAUCAGAGGCGCAUACCUUACACGCGCGCGCGCCCAUUGUGGUAUGGAACGACCAUGUGUUUCUACGUGGAACAAUUGAUGAUCUUUUUGGGACCUUGCUGACCUUGACCACGUUGUCAUCGAUUUUACCACCUCGAUCCCUCCCACGAAAACCACUAGUGUCGGGAUCGCAAAGUCAAAUGCGACAAGAUAUACCCGAACUGCGGAAGGUGCCUCAGCAGAAAGGAGGCAUGUGGAUAGUAAGUCCAACGGGCCGACACCUGCUAGGCAGGCACACAGCAGCCGAUUUCGGCGACCGCAACCACACGACAUUCGCUAACAUGUGAUGCUCGUAACUACCUUGCCGCUUGCAGCAAAGUGGGGAUGAUCAUGUCCGUAUUCACACCGGGUCUUCCAAUCGGCUUACCCCAGAUCGAGCUUAGGGGUUGGGUAGUGCAAACUGCGGAUAAAGCUGACCUCGAGGGCGGCGGAAUCGGCUCAUCCUACACUUGUUCUUCAGAUCGACGAGACCCAUUACGUCCAAUGCCGACGAAUCGGCCGAGGACAAGGAGAGGGACUCUGAUACCGACUUCAGAUCGUCCCGGCCCCGGCCUGCCGACCAGGACUUCGACCACCACCUUCGUCACGAGGUGGCCGCUGGCUCCUAUGAGCUCGCUCAGGAGACACCUGGUAGGCCACCACCAUCAGAGCCGGGCGCGGAACUACCGUCAAGGCCCAUCGCUCGGCUUCCCCAGCGCCCUUUAUCGAACCAUGUCAUCUACGCCGUCAAGUCAAAUCGCUACUACGACAGUGCGCCGCCGCAAGGUGCCGCGUACGAGGACACCGCCUUCUAUCCGCCGAUGGCGGCCCAGUCGACUUCCGCCGACUACGCCGAUACGAUGCAGAGUACCCACACAUACCAAGAGCGGUUGGACCUACCUCAGGAUACGUUACUGGCCUGGCACCGACUGAUUGGACGGGACGACAUCGGCGAACGGUCCGUCGACUGGCAGCUCGCACGCCCGACGAUGGCGACGUCCCUGCAGCGCCAUCUUCUCGAGGCUUCGAUGCACAGUUGCUGCUCGCAUCUGCCUGCUUUCCGGCCCUUCGCAUCGCGCGUCCUUUUCUUUAAAGAGAACAUCGAUCGUCUGGACCUGUCGAGCCAGAUCAUCGUUUCGGUACUCGUGUCGCUCGGAGCUCGCGCCAGUCCGCAUUCGGCUCUGCUCGGCGUCGACGGCGUCGACAUCGAAAGCGGCCAAACUCCGGUGUCGCUCCUACUCACGGCGGGACAACGACGCGAAACGGCGUGGCGGUCGAUUGCGAGCCGUGCCGUCGAGCUUUGUUCGCGCCCCGAAAUCGUGCAAGCCCCGUCGAGACAGAACGUCGAGAGCCUGUUGGCGAUCAGUGCGAUGCUCAAGCUGUGCGAGACCCGGCCGACACGCGCGCGGUACUUUCUUCGCAACGUCGUCGGCAUGUUUGAGGAUUUGCAGACUAGCGAUAUGAUGAGCGAAGCCGAGGUGCGCGACUUGAAGGCGGCGGUUGGGCCGGCGGUGUACGAGUCCGACGCCCGCGUAGCUGCAUGCCUUUCAAUGCCGGUUCUGAUCGGCAAUCAAGAUGUCGAGAGCUACUUCGACGGCGCCAACAUCAUUAUUCCUGAUCUCAAAAGCGCGAGUCUGAUGAACGACCUCCUCGCCAUUCUCAGCCCCGCCCGAGGGCCUCUCGAUCGCAUCAAGUUCGACGAUGCUCUCGAGAUCGCUGCAUACUACGUGUGCGCGAUUCAACGUAGCUAUGCCGCGAUUUGCUCAUCCCGGAGUGCGUCCAACUCGCUCCUCGCCGAAAUUCCGAAAUUGUGGACAUACAUCGAUUCGGCGCACAGCGCGGUGCAACACCUUCAUCGUACGCUGGUCAGCCUCGAUCUCCGCGACGACUACAGCGACCACGCGAUCGAGUACGACCUGCUCAUCUCGGUUCGCUUGGACACGCGCUUGAUCGACGUCAUCAACCUCACGCACAGCUUCCUCUGUCGACAAUUGGAUCGAUCCUGGCCAGAACAAGACCACCUCGCGCUGCAGCAGCUCACGGCGCUGAGUGAGCGUCGGGUGCGCAAGGCGCUCAAGCUUCUUUCGUUCUACGCCAAGGUCUUUUCCGAUUCGCGCGACAAGCAUCUCGUCUACCACUUGUUCCUACAACUCGAUAUACUUCCCGCUUGGGCCGACAUGGUCUCACAGCGUGUCGGAGAGCCGACAGCGUUCGGGCCCUUGAACGAGGAAAGCGCUUUGACUGAACAAGAACUGGAUUGGUAAGUGCCCGCGCAGACAAACCGCGUUAUCAUUGCCUACGUGCCGAUCAAAACCCCAUCUCCUUGACGUGGUGAUGCAGGUUCGUCAAAGCACUCGAGAUGGCGUGCUUCUACACCCCUUCGGUCAAUGCGCAGCUCGAAAUCAUCAAAAGAGGGCGUGAACAGCGACGGAGCGCCCCAGCUUCGCUUUACAAUUAUGAUCGUGAGUGGCAGUCGCUUCUUCUUUCGUUGGCCUGAAAGGGCACAUUGCAGCAGUCUGACUCCGUCCUUUCACUCGAUUCUUACAGUCGCCCCUGCUGCCCCUGCUCACUACCACGAGGUCUCCUCCAGUAGCGGCGCUGGAUCGUCACCGAGCGACAUUGGUCUGAACGGAGAAGGACGUUACGAUCACUCGAACACGAACCCUCGCCUCGCUGAAAUCCCACCUGGCGCGCAUGCCAAUCGCAUCGUAACGGCGGCCUCCUCCAUCCUGUCGACAAUACCAGCGCUUGCAGCAGAUUCGACGUAUACAAUACCUUCUCGAGCCAGAGGUGUGCCAGACCGACCAGUCUACACGUAUGGCCCGUAUGAACCGCCAGCGAACCUCAGCGAGCACUCGUCGCGCAGUCCGGUGGAUGCCGUCGUCGACAAGACGACCGCAGACCAGCAGCUGUGGGUUAUGGACUCGGACCUCGAGUGCAUGCUGUCAGGAGCGACGCGAUCGUCCGAGGCCAGCAUCACGGAGCUGUACGCGAAUGGGACUCGAGGCGAUGGAACGCAACUGCAUGCGCUUGCGAACUCGUAUUCGCACUCGUAUUCGCACUCGCAUUCGGAUGCCGAACUCGUGCCGAACAAGCCCGCCAGCGACAGCACGAUAUUUGCGCGGCGCAGGAGUCAGGACUGGUACUCGGCGCUGAUCCGGUACUCGCAGAAUUCGAAUUCGAACUCGACCGCCUCCUUUGAGCCUCCACACGCUGAUCCCGGCGGUGUGUACCAGGAGAACGGACGAUGGGCCGGCGCGAUUUCGAAUUGGUGA